GGAUGCGGUGAGUUCUCAGCGUCUUGUAGCAUCUUGGGUGGCGAUUGCUCGGUGAUCUUUUCGCCAGAAUCCCCCUCCCCUUUCGAUCCCGAUUUCACUCUUGAUUCGGCUCCCCUCCCCCAAUCCGUCGGGCAUUCCCAUUGUCGGGAGUUCGAUUAGUCAUUCCGUUGUUCUGCUCCGACUCGGGCUCUAGCUCCUGUCUGCAAACCGAGCCCGGCAGGGAGUUCGAUUAGCCAUCCAUAAAUAAGCGGAGGGAUUUCCAAGACCUAACGCAUCAUUGCCAGGUUAGAUCUGGAUCACGUUGUCGUCUCCUUGCCCUUCCGUUUGUUUCUUCUCCUGUACUGGCAACCUCGUAGCCAUCAGAAUAAAAAAAAAAUCAAUCUUUAGAUCCAGUUAGUGCGGGAAGAACAUGUCUAAGCGUCAGCACUCGCACCUCGACGUCGACCGUAUCGGGAAAAGGCCGCGUCGUGUGCCGAAGAAGCACCUCUACCUGGUGUUGGAUGAUUGGCACAAGGGCUUCAGCAUCCACAAGAUCGACGUCGACGCCUUACAGGACGCCACCACCGAACUGCACUAUGGGUUCCCUGACCCUGCUGCUCUCCGGUUAGCCGCACCGGUAAAUCGUCUUCACAUGGACUUCGCCGCCAUGGGCAGCAACAUCUUCAUCACCACCAACCCAUGCUCUCCAAACACUCCCACCCUCGUGUUCGACACCGAGACGGCUGGGCUCACCAUGGGUCCCCGUCCACCGAUUCAAAUCAUCGACACGACUACCUUCACAGUGGCCACCGGCGGCAUGCUGUACGCGUUGACACAUCGCCACGUCCACGAGCAGCACUCUUUCGAGGCCAUGUCGUGGGCACCAAUGGACAACGACGAGCCGUGGCCGAGCCCAACCAUGAGAUGGUCCUGGAAAAGUGUUCCCUCGCCGCCACCAUUCGCCAUGGACGACGUAAUCACCUCUUAUGCGCUGCACCCGGACGGACACACCAUAUUCAUGUCUGCGCAUGACCUGCGCUAUCAUCAUCUUCCAAAGGGCACCUUCUCCUUCGACACCAGGAAUUCCAAGUGGAGGUGUCAUGGGGAUUGGGCUCUACCAUUCCAAGGACAAGCUUACUUCGACAACGGGCUAGACGCAUGGGUCGGGCUUCACAAGGACGGGUACAUCUGCUCCUGUGAAGUCGCCUCCCGCAGCAGCACAAGUGCCGUGGAGCCGGAGUGGAAGGUGACCAAGGAGAAGCUGUUCCUCAAGGACCCGGAGAGACGGCUGGAUUUUGCGAGGGCCAGUCUCGCGUAUAUGGGCGACGGCAGCUUUUGCCUUGUUGAGGUUGUGCUACGCAAGGGAGUGGAGUUUAAGUGCGCCUUUGGUGACCGUGGCUGUGUGCUCCACAUGAGCACCUUUGGUCUUAAGUAUGAUCGUAGGGGAGAACUGCAAACCACGCGCCACCACACUAACUCCUAUGUAGUGUCUAAGUAUCUCCCGACAGUUUCUCCUCAGGUCUUCUGGAUGUAAAGCUAUUUGACAUGUUUUGUGCAAACCAUGUCCGAGCAAUGUAAGCUAUGUAUGAUAUGUGGGCAGGAUAAAUAGAAGUAAAAAAGAAGUCCACUUCUCUUUGGCAUUUUUGUGUAA